UACUCCUUUACGCCGUCUUCAUUCGAUUAUUUCACGUCUAUUUUUUUGUUGUGUCUAUCAUUUCAUUUAAAUUUUUCUCGGACAUAUAAUUGCGCAUUCGAUAAAAAUGUAACUAUUGUAUUUUGCCGUUUCGCAAAUGUAUCUUCUAAUUUUACCAAGUUUGCUCUCACGUUGAUUCCUAUUAUAUUUAUACACAGUGAAACUGUUUCGUUUUUUGUACAGACUGUAAUCUUUUCAUAGAACUCGCUGGCGGGAAAGAUCUAACCUCGAAGUCUUUGAUAGAUAAAUUCUAAUAUAUUUUUCAGAUCAAGAUGGCCGAGCGAUUAGAAGAUCUGAACCUGCCCAAUGCAGUUGUAACAAGAAUCAUCAAGGAAGCUUUACCGGAUGGAGUGACAGUUGGAAAGGAUGCUAGAACAGCGGUAGCAAAGGCUGCGUCUAUUUUUAUACUCUAUCUCACAUCAUCUGCUAAUAUAAUAGCCAAGAAAGGCAACCGCAAAACCAUCAGUGGACAAGAUGUGAUUCAAGCGAUGGUGGAUAUUGAGUUUGAUCAAUUUGUUGAUCCGCUACAGGAAUCUCUAGAAAACUUUAGAAAAGUUCAAAAAGAGAAAAAGGAUGCAACAUCAAAAAAGAAGCAACAAAAGAGAGAUGAGGAUGAUAUGAAUGGUGAAGAUGAAGAAACAGGGAGAGAAAUUACAGUUUUCUAAGAAAUAAGUUUAUUAUAUUAGCUAGGUUUAUAAGUGUAACCAUAUUGUUAGUUUAAUUUAAUAGAGUAAUAAUUUGAUAUUUAUAAAAAAAUUAAAUCGUCCAACGUAAAAAAAAUAAAAACAAAUGCACUAAAGCAAA